UAGCGUGAGCUGGGAAAGUGGAUUCUGCUGAGCAGGCGGCACAGCAGCUCCUGCUGCACCAGGAGGAGGAAGAGGAGGACGACAAAGAGUGAGCGCUGAUAGUAUCCUAGUAGCAAAACAAUGGCAACAACAUGGAAACCAUUUCGCACGGAAGGAACUUGAGUGCUCAAUCUGCGGCCUUACAGAACAUUGAUCCGCCACAGGAUCACUGAGGGACAACAAGUCGACCUCGAUCGAUCCAAACACCCAUUCGGGAUUUCAUUUGGAUUUGUUUUUCUUUUAUUUCCUUUCACACUAAGAAUACCGUUAAAUAACUGUAACUCUGAGGGCCUUUUGGAUUUGGACUUUGCAACAUGAGGCCCAGAAACUGAGUGGGAAUAGCCUAAAUGUGGAGUAACAGGGGGGAUUUUUGAGUGUCGGGACACCAAGGAAACAUCAAGAUGCUGCAGCUGGAGCAGGGACUGAGGACUUCAGUCUCUCCUCUAGCCAGGAAGCCUGCUCUCCAGCCCGGCCACCAGCAGCAUGGACUACUGCACCCCCCAGUCAACACGUCGCCACAACCCCGUGGAUAGUAUCUGCCGCAAACUGCAGACCAUCCAGUGGCGCGGUGACCGAGAGCCCAACUCGCCCUUCCAGAUCCCCAAGCUCUCAUCCAGCAACUACGACAGCCCCCAGUGCGACCUGAGGCACAACCUGGAAGACAUCCUGAAGAAACGGGCCGUCCACGGAGAAAAGGGGGACAGGGAGAGGGAGCAGGGCCGAGGGAAGGGGAUGCUGGCCUCCACGGCUUCCUCAAGAAACAGCCUGGGUCCCUCCGUCCCUCCGUCCACGCCUUCCUGCCCCUUCACUCCGGCGUCCAACCCCACCAAUGUCACGUACACCAUCACCAGCACCCUGGGGGAGAGGAGAGGUGCUGGUUGUGGCAGCAGCAGUGGCCCAGGACAGGCAAAGACAUGGCAGAAGUACUGCUCGACCCCAUCCAGCCAAGCUAAAGACUCUCCUUACUUUACGUUCACGCAGAAAGCGCCAUGCACACAGCCUGAAAGCGAGAGGCAAAGCACGAGUCCGCCGCUGCGUCGCUCAGACUCCCAGGGCCACAGCAUGCUCUCCUACAACCUCAACUUCUGCUCGGCCGACUUGGAGAACACAAUGGAGUGUGAGCUGCCCUACCCGGCUCUGGUUGUCAAAAGGCUGUCCAUGGGAGAUGGAGGAUCCACAUUGGCUUCUGACUCCAGGAGGGAGAAUAUGGCAGAAGUGAGUUUGAUCUGUGAGGAGGAUCUACUCGACACCAUCUUCCACGCCUGCGACACCCAGCGCAGAGGUAAGGUGUACGUUUCUCGCAUUGUGGACUACCUGCGCCACACCACCAGCCGCAGCUCCGAGGACAGCGGGCUGGAGGAGCUGUGCAACAUGUUGGACCCAGAGCACAAAGACGUCUCCAUCGACCUGGACACGUACCAUGCCAUCAUGAAGGAGUGGAUCGACGACUGCCGCAACAACGGUGAAGAGCCAGUGGACGAGCCAACUCAGGACCCAGUUAAACUCCGAGACAGCCUGUCCGCUAAAAGAUCCAUGCUGCUCAACAUGACCUCAGGAAGUCUGGAAGCCUUUGGAGGAGAGGCGUCCAGAGCGGAGUUCGAGACGUCAGAGCUGGUGUACUGCGUGGCCGACCUCCAGAUGAGCAACCAGAAGCUGCAGGAGGAGGUGAGGAAGCUGAAGCAGGUGGUGGAGGGCAUGGAGGAGAGCAACCAGAAGCUGGCUGAGGAGAACGAGGAGCUCCGCAACCAGGCCAGGGUAAACCAGCAGCUGGUGCAGAAGGAGAAGCUGCUGAAGGAGGAGGUGGAGGAGAUGAAGGCGACUCUGAGCUACACGGAGGAGGGCAGGACUCGUGCCUCGGCGCACAGCAAACACAUGGAAAGAGAGAACCAGAGUCUCAUUGCCAAGAUUGCUUCUCUUCAGGAAGAGAACUUCAAAAUCACCAUGGAGACGGAGGAGCUUCAGAGGAGGAUGGUGGAGCUGUGUGACAUGAACACUGACCUUCAGGUUCAGAUCCACUCCUUUGAUGCUGUCUUGAAUGAAAAGGAAGCCGUCAUACGAGAGAAGAGCAAACAGAUCACAGAGCUGAAGAAAGCAGUGGAGGAAUACUCCUCCAUCACAGAGCUCCUGAGAUCAGACAAGAGCAAACUGGAGAACCAGAUGCAGAUGAUGCACCCAGAAGUUACUGGGACCGGUCUGUCCCUGUCGGUGGCCUACAGACUGAACCAGACCAGCUCAGGAUCCCUGCAGACAGAACUGGCUCUGGCACAGUCGCCAAUGGAGACGCUCCACACCGUUGAUCAUUUGUCCUCCACGAUGACCUUCGCCUCCCCACUGGAUGAGACUCUGGACAGGGAGGUGCUGCUGCUGCUGCAGGGACCGAGCCCCGAACACAUGGCUCUGGAGUUCAGGAGCCUCCUCAGCAAACUGAAAAGAGAUUUCAGAGAGGAAACGGUCUCUGUCUUGUCAUCAGUCAGAAGUUUGCUAGACAACGACGGGCAGCCAGAGGGCAGUGCUGACUCCAGCCUUCAGACGGUGCAGGCCGAGCUGGACGCGAGGAGGGCGGACUGGGCCGUCAGCCUGGACCAGCUGGCCCAGUACGCGGACUCGCUGGAGAAAGAGCUGAUCAAGAUGGCCAGCAACAUGAGGAGGUCCCGCACUGAGAUCCUGCACCUUUCAGUCAGGGUGCAGGAGCAGGAGAACCAGAAGCGGCAGCUGUGCGAGGAGCUGGAGCAGCUGAGGACUCCUCAGGACAGCAGAGAGGCCUCCUGCCAGACGCCUGAGCCGGAGCAAGAGCCCGGAGAAGACUUGGACUGGGACGAGGAGUUUGCCCUCCAGGACUUCCUGAAGAGUGAGAUAGCGGAGAGGAAUUACCGAGUGCAGGACGGGCGAACGGACACCCGGCACGAGGAGAAGACGGACGGGCUAACAGAGCGAGGAGACGAGGAGGAAGGGGAAGAGAGGUGGACGGUGGUGGACACUGGUGGAGAGGGAGAAGUGCGGGACACGUCCACUCCUCUUUCUGUCCUCUCUGCGGAGGCCCAGGCGAGGCAGAAUGCAGUAGGACAGGGCCAAGAUUCUGCAGCCUGCCCUGAUUCAGAGCUGGAGGUGAGCUGUCAGCCUUUGCAGGAAGAGGCAAAGGUGCCACUGAACACCCACUCACAAGCUGUCAGCACUGGGCACCAAGAGACGGACGCUCUCCCUGAUCCAGCCCACUCAGAGAACAACAACGCAGAGAUCGUUGAGGCUUCACAGUCUCUUUCCGGUGGUUCAUCCCACCAUGACCUGAGCACCUCACCAGAGCAAAACUGCACCGUCACGCCCGAGAAAUCCCCUCCCAGGGCGGCCGAGACAGCACCAGCCUGCAACGCGUCACCUGGACCAGAUGAGACCAUCACUCAAAGUGGGAGCCCCCAGCCGACCAGUGACGACCGCCGAGGAGGAGGAGGAGGAGGAGGAGGAGAGAAGAGAGAAGAGGCCGACUCGACAACAGGCAACAUGAAUUUUACAAAGAGCCUGAGCCAGGACCAGCUAGCAGACAGAACAGGAGCGGAGGACAGCACGAGCCUACUGCCUGUGUUGGUGGAAGAGGAGGAGGGAGUGCAGGACACAACUGAGGCACCAGCAGUAGCGAUCAGCAUGGCAGGGACCGACAGGCUCGCCGGCAGCGGAGCGACUCCCCUCUCUGAUGGUAACUCCCCUCAGUCUGUGACUGGUCCGACCGUCCCACGCACCGGCCAGUCCAGGAGCGGCGUGGAGGGCGCAGCCUCUGACACGAGCCAAUCAGACGACAGUACUGCAGGGGGGCAGGUGGCCUCUGGAGCCAGAAAGGACUCCCUGUCCCUUCGCAGCAAAAAUAAAAGGGAACUGGAGCUGUCGCGUAGCAUGGAGGCCAUCGAGGAGCACAAGGUGCAGGAGGACCUGAGUGAGACCAGCAUGACCACCGAGAAGGAAACUGAGACGUCGGUGAUUUCUGACACCAGUGACUCCUACAGAGAGGACAGCAACAGCUUGUCACCAACUGACAAGGAAAUUGAGACGGAGUUCCAGCGUCUGUCGCUGGGCUUCAAGUGUGACAUGUUCACCCUGGAGAAGAGGCUGCGGCUGGAGGAGCGGUCCCGGGACCUGGCCGAGGAGAACGUCCGCAGGGAGGUGUCCAGCUGCCAGGGCCUGCUGCAGGCACUGAUCCCUCUGUGCGAAGAUGACAACCAGUCCAUGGAGAUCAUCCAGAGGCUCCAGAAGAACCUGGAUAUCCUCAUCCAGUCCAUGACCAGGGUGUCCAGCCGCUCCGAAAUGCUGGGAGCCAUUCACCAGGAGAGUCGUAUCGGCAAGGCGGUGGAGGUGAUGAUCCAGCACGUGGAGAACCUGAGGAGGAUGUACACCAAGGAGCACGCAGAGCUGCUCGAGCUGCGAGAGGCCCUCAUGCAGAAUGAGCGGUCCUUCGGCUCGCAAACCGAAAGAGAUGACUUCAGAGGCAAGAAGCCAUCGUCAUCACAGUACUACAAGACUUCAGCCCGGCGGGUUAGUAUCGCAGCGAUCCCGCGCUCCAGUGGAGGCAACACAAUCUUUGACAUGUCCAAAACACAAGACACCUCAGAUGCCGAGACAGAGAGACUGACCAGGAGAUCUCCCUGGAGUAUGGCAGGAAAGAGCACGGCGCGCCCUCCACUAAAGCGCUUUGUUAGCUCUGCGGCCUGGGUGGACGCUGAAGAGACCUCUCUUGUGAUGAAGGGGACAGCCUGCGACACCGAAUCCCAGUCAGAGGAGGAGCGGAAGGAGGAGCCGGAGGUACAGAGGAGGAAGUCCAGUCUCACUGAGCUGGGCAACAUGCUCACCUCUCUCAUUCUGCCCCAAAAGACUCCCAGCCCAGCUUCCAGCCCCACGGUUUCUGACCCAGUAAUGACCCCGUCUCUGUCCCAGAGCCUGACGUCUUCCCGGGCAGCCGCGGCAGCAGCGGUAGCCAGAGGUGGCAGGGGACUCUGGCUGUGGUUGGCCAUGGUGGUGGUACUGGCAGGUCUCCUGGCUCUGCUGGCCAGCCUGGUGAUGCAGCCGGCAGUGGAUGCUGCCCCUGUGGGGACUGGGGACUCCUGGAUGACCAUCCAGCAGCUGCUGUGGCCCUACACAGGGCUGCGGCACAACGGACAGCCCCCCGUCUAGCCCCUGAGACCCGGGGUGGAUGGUGCAACCACACAUCAGCCCACUGUGGGGAUUGUCUGCACAGUGGGAUGAUGAUGAGUGUGGUGGUGGUGAUGAAGACAACAGCGUAACACUCCUGAGUUGGAGGGUGUUUGCAUGUUUACUGGUGCCUGAAGUUACCCAGACAGACUCGCUGACAGCACAGGCCAGGCCUCAGGGGAUAGUCAACCCUAUGGAGGAUUUUAUGCGUCACAUCACGUUUGCUAAAUUAGUUAGUGUGUGUGUGUAUGUGUGUGUGUGUGUGUCUGUGUGAAAAGACGAGCACUCAAGUGGCGGCAACCAGUGUGUGUUCUGUUGGGCUGGUCAACAUCCUGACGGCACGGUUAUGCAGUUUUCCUGUUGGUGCUGCCGGCACACUCGACCCAGAUACAACACAAUCUGGAAACGGCGACUGACCAGGUGUCACAGGUGGUGCAGUGUUGACCAAUCGUAUCACAGAAGCAUGAGAAUAAUGGCAUUGAACCGACCACUCACGGACUGGACUGCAGCACAUAAUUUAUUUAUGGACGUCAUGGACGUUGGCUCAGAUUGUGCCACAUGGAUAUUUAAGCACAUUUCAUUAUUAUGGAUACUGAAGAAAGCACUUGAGGUUACAGGGACUGCCAGCCUUUUAAUAGGAUUAUUUUACAUGCAUUUCCUCAUUGGUUACAGGAAAUAAUUUUUUAACUUAAACUCUACAAACACUGAUAAUAAAACUUUCAUUUUAAAUGCUUUUAAAUGUUUUUGAAAUUUAAUUCUAUUUAUAACUUUGUUAGUUUUGAGUGGGAAAAUGUGAACUUGUUUAUUUUUUUGUUAAGUUAUAAAUCUACAUCGUUAAAGUCUUAACACCAAAGGGUUUUUAUUUUCUUCUUCAGUUCUUGCUGUGGUGAUCACCGUUUUCAACUUCAUAAACUUUUGUAUGUUCCAAAGAAGGUGCGUGAAUCUUUGCACAAAUAAAGUAGCCAACUCUACAAGA